AUGUUAUUGACAUCGUCUCUUUUGUCGGCAUCCGUAAUAUAUAUUAUAUCAGCAUCGCCAUUAGGAUCUUCCGACACACCUCAAGAUGCUGACUCUUCUGGUUUAAGUCGACUCUAUUCAGCAAAACCCUCCAAGUGGAGUAUACCCAAAAGCUUCUUUGAUGAUGCCCAUACUGAUGAUGAGGAUCAAAUUUACAACAUAGAUAAUGAGGAUGGCGACGUUUUUGAUGGUGUGAUGAGGGAUGAUCCUGAUCAAUUGAAUAUUUACCACACGCCCGACCAUAUUGUUGAUACAAAGCGCGCAGUUGAUCUGACAUUGGCCCACACGUUUUCGAUCUACAUGAAAUAUGCUAGCUCAAUCUACUGCGAAAAUGUUAGUCUAACCAGAAAAUGGCAAUGCGGUCCAUUUUGUCAGGGUGAGAGGUCCGAUUCAAAAGUGCUAUCUGUCCUCUAUGAUCAAGCAUCACGCAAACAUGGAGCAGCAGUUGGAGCCAUUGUGCUACACAAGCAGUCCAAGUCAAUUGUGAUUAUAUUUCGAGGGACUGCAAGUAGCCAUGAGUGGAGAACCAAUUUGAAUUUUGCCAAAGCCAAGCUGAGUCCGUUGCUGUUCACUGGGAGUGUUGGAACUAUUCCACCAAAUGUUAUGCUUCAUAGUGGAUUUCAAAAAGCAUAUCUCAAAAUUCAAGAGCAACUCCGUUUCAGCUUAAAUGUCAUUGUUUCCAAAUUUCCUCAAUAUAAAAUCAUAGUGACUGGACAUUCACUUGGUGGAGCACUUGCUAGCAUAGCUAUAAUGGAUAUUGCCUUGCAUCAUAAAAAGCACAUGGCAGCUCAAAUGCAUUUGUAUACCUAUGGUAUGCCACGAACAGGAAACGGUGCAUGGGCUAAUUGGGUUAAUAAAGUUGGUUUUGGUUCAGUGUAUCGUAUAGUCCGAACCAACGAUCCAGUACCACAUCUUCCAGUAAAUCUUAUUGGAUACAAGCAUUUUGGAACUGGAGUUGGAAUAGAUCAGAAUAGUGUUACUGUCAAAUGCAGACCGACUGGAGAUGCAGGCGAAACGAGCGACUGUGACCAUUUAAGCAAACGAUCUGCAAGUAUCAUGGCGCAUACUCAGGGAUACUACUAUCCAUCGUAA